AUGGUUGAUGAUCUUAUAAAUGAGGGAAAGGGGGGGAAUAAUUUGUUUAUGAACUUAUUCAAGGAAAAUAAAAAUAAAGAAACUUAUAUGCCAAAUAAAAAUUUAGGAAGUUUUUCAGUGUCUAAUCGAGAUUUAUAUAAAGACAUUUUCAAACAUAAUAUAAUAGACGAAUAUGAAUCAGAUAUAGAAGAUAAAAAUUUGCAUUUUAAUUAUACUUAUAAAACAAGAUAUAGUCGAGAGAAUGAAGAUAAUAUAAAAAUAGAUGAGUAUACAUUAAAGAGAGCCAUUAUUAUGAAUGGCAAUAAUGAUAAUAAUUGGGAUAGUAGUAUUUUUAGAAAUUCAAAUAAUUUUGAUUACAUUAAAAAGAGACGAGGGCGUAAAAAGAUGGGUUUGAAAAAAAGUGGAAUUAUGAGUUUUCAGAAAAAUAGCUUGAACAGUAACUAUCUGAAUAAUAAUUCAAAUUGUGAGGAAAAUAUGUUUAUCGAAAAUGAAUGGGAAUAUAUAUAUAAUAAUGAAAAGAAUAAAAAUAGGGGCAUAGACAAUCCAAUAACAGGUUAUUCUUUUACAUAUCCAUCACAUAUUUUUCACAAUGAUAAAAAUGAAAAAAGAAAAAUAUGUAGUAAACCAUAUAAAGUUUUAAGUGCCCCCAAAUUAGCAGACAAUUUUUAUUUAAAUUUAUUAGAUUGGUCAAAAAGAAAUAUUAUUGCAGUUGGGUUAAAUGAGAAAUUAUAUAUGUGGAAUAAUUAUACAUGUAAAAAAUAUGAAUUAUUUGAUUUAAUCGGAUUAUCAAACGGUGUAGUAGAAAUAUGGGAUAUUGAAAAGUGUGCUAAAAUAAGAAAAUACAAAAAUCAUAAAUUAAGAGUUGGAUCAUUAUGUUGGUAUUAUAAUAUAUUAACAACAGGAAGUCGAGACAACAAAAUAAUAAAUUGUGAUUUACGGACUAAAGAUAGUAGUUAUAUAAAAUAUGAAAAACAUACAUCCGAAGUUUGUGGAUUACAAUGGAAUUAUAAUGGUAAAUUAUUAGCCUCAGGGAGUAAUGAUAAUUCUAUAUGUAUAUGGGAUAAUAAUAAAAAUGAUUUUAUUUUUCAUUUUACAAAACAUAAAGCUGCUGUUAAAGCUAUUUCCUGGUGUCCUCAUGAUCAUAAUUUAUUAACAACUGGUGGAGGAUCAGCUGAUAAAAAAAUAUAUUUUUGGAAUAUUAACAAUGGAGAAUGUAUAAAUAGUAUAAAUACUAAUUCUCAAGUUUCAAAUAUUUUAUGGUCUAAAAAUACGAAAGAAUUAAUAUCAACACAUAGUUACACACAUAGCCAAAUUAUCAUAUGGAAUUAUCCUGACUUAAAUAAAAUUUCAGCCUUAACAGAUCAUAAAUUAAGAGUAUUAUAUGCAGCAUUAAGUCCUGAUGGAACUUCACUUGUUUCUGGUUCUCCAGAUGAAACGAUAAGAUUAUGGAAUGUUUUUCCAAAAACCAAUGAUAAUAAUUUACCUUUACUUUUCCCCUUUGAAAAUUAUUAUGAGAUAAUCAGAUAA